AUGCCUCCUAGACGAUCGACACGCGUGACGUCGUCGAGCCUGCUCUUCGACGGCAGCUCGGAAGCCGGCGGGCCUCUCGACAGUUCACAUCUCGACAAUGUCCAGCCACAGUCUGUUCACACCGCCGUCGGCCGCGGCAUGUCACCGGGUCCCGCCAAGUACAGUUCGGCUUACGGGUCUCCCCCAACCAUCCUUCCCACAAGACAAAAUGUUGCACGGCAACGGUACAACUUCUCGAGCGCUCUGAGCCACGUUGUAGAUGCGGUCGAGCAGGACAACGAGAACGACGCCCGCGAGCGCGCGCAACGGGAAGCCGAACAAGAACAGCGCCUGCGGGCCGACGCCGACAAGGCAAAGGCGAGCCAGGCGGCGGUACCUCUGCCGCCCCCAGCUCCAGUCCCGUCACGCCCAGCAGACGAAACGCUAGAGUCGGUGGAGCUCGUAAGAGAGCCAGUUGCCGACAGGGAGUCCGAGGCGACCAACACCUCCGACCGAAACUCAAGGCGGCGCAAAGCACAACCAACAGCAACAGGCCGGUCUUCGCGAGCGGUGACGGAGACAUCUCAGCCCAGGGAACAACGGGAAUCGUCCCCGGAACUGGACUUUGCGGCCGAAGAGCAGCUCUUUGCCGAGACCCGGAUUUUCUCGCCAGUCGUCCCAGCACGGACCACCGGCGUCGUCUCUAGAACUUCGAACAUCCUCCAGAACAUUCUCAAUUCAGCACGCCGUAUCUCAAACUCCACCACCACCACCCGUGAGGAGCCCGACGAUGAAGCCAUCCGCCAAGCGUACCCGCAAUUCCGCUUCAUUCGACCCAGUGCCGACGACCUUCCCGCGAAUGCCGACUCGAACCAAACAGAAGCCGAAGCCGCGCGGCCUCGCGCCGCAGCAGGAGUGGCCGAACCAGCAGAGGCACAACCACCACCGGCUACGGCGGCUAGAACGGCUGCAACGGGAACAACGGGUACACCAGGUACUACACGUGCGGCUGCAAAAUCGAUCAAAUCGCGGAUCGCCACGCCAGGUCCGGGUUUCAGCAUGCGUAACCGCAAGAGCUUAUUCAAGCCAUCACGCGACCCAUCACAGGACGAACUCGCUUCUAACGAUAACGACGUCGAGACGGUUGCGUCAGCAAGGAGUCUGCUGGGCCGGAGGCGUACGCCAAGGGCACCGUCCCAGCCAGUGGCGGAGCCGAGGCAACGGGCAAGCACCGAAGACACUGAAGUCUUAAAACCGACGUCUUCCGAUACAGCAUCAAAACGCGUCGGGGGCAUUUUCGCGGGUCUUGGUCAACUGGCAAAUGUGCUGGCCAUGAUCAUCACCGUCACCGUGCUGGGACUGGUAGCUUUGCGCGUAUUCGUUAUAUCGACUUCGCCGGCCGAGCUCUACCAGGGCUACAGGGUCGACAACCGUCUUCGCUGGUAUGGAAGCGACUGGAGGAGCAACUUGCGCCAGCUUGUGCCAUUCGCACUGGUACAUCCUCUUGGUGCCAUCAGCGACGACGAGUUUGCCCGCAUGAACGGUCUCCUUCUGAGCCAUACCAACGAGAUCGCGCAGCUGAAACGUGCAGACCGCCUACACAGCGACGCCCUCGAGCGCAUCGGCCGAAUCUUGCCGCGUAUGGUGCAGAUGGAGCUCGACCGGCACGGGCGCCCCGUCAUUUCGCAGGAGUUCUGGCACGCGCUCAAGGAGAACAUGCAGGCCGACAGGGACAUCUUCAGCCUGAUCUGGAACAAAGACGGCUCCAUGGCCAUCUCAGAUCUGCAGCUGGCCGCGAUUAAGCGCCAGCUGCAGUCGGCCGGUCUUUUAGCGGACCCCAACACAAAGGCCCUUUCCGUCGCUGAUGUAGAAGGCACCGUCACAACCACAGUGUCCAAAAGUUUCGAGUCGUGGCUGCGGCAGAACCAGAAGAAGGUCCAGGACAUUCUCGGUACACACGUCCCAAAAGACCACUCUACGCCGUCCCCGUCGGCCGAGUUCGACUACGGCGAAGUUGUCGAUCGACUCUCCGAGACCCAGGUGGUGAAGCUGGCCAAUCUGCUUGCGGCCUCGCCUGGGGCCAAGCAGAUCCUUGUGUCCCGGCAGGAGUUCUUGCAUCAUUUGCAGAAUGCGUUUGUGGAGCACCGGCUCGAGAUCAAGGGCGAGAUUGCCGACCUGGAGACGCAUGUCGUGGACGCUGCACGUGUCGCGGCAUCUGCACUGUCCUUGGCACAAAACUCGCCCACGGAGGCGCCGCCCACGACGACAGGUGUGGCUGGCAGUGGCGGGUUGGGCAAGCGCGAAGUCACGGCGCUUGUUGACCAGCUCGUCCGCCGCAUCAUCACCGACACGCAGCUCGAGGCCAUGGCGCGUGGUAAAAUCAAGGCCCACUGGGACGCCGACCUGAUCCAGCAGAUCAACUUUUUCACGCAACACCACGGUGCCACGAUCAACCACCACUUCUCGAGCCCGACGUACGAGCCGACUAAGUCUCUCUUUGGCAAGCUGAUCGGCAGCGGCGGCGGCGGCGGUGACGUAGGCCCGUCGCCCGGUCUCCCGUACGCAGCCGCCGUGUUUGCGCCGUGGGAGCAGGACGGUGAUUGUUGGUGCGGUGCGACCAAGGGCAGCAGCAGGGCGCGGGCGCCGUCGACGUCGACGUGGAGGAGGAGCGCCAGUGGCCAGGGCCCGACCGACAUUGGAAUCAAGCUCGGCCUGCGCAUUCUGCCGCAGUUCCUCGUCCUCGAGCACAUCAGCCCGUCGGCCACACUGGACCCCGGCGCCACGCCCAAGGACCUCGAGGUGUGGAUGCAGAUCACCGACUACGCGCAGCAGCAGCCGCUGCACGACUGGAGCAUGGCCCAGUUUCCGGACACGGACGACCGCGAGCCCCUCUUUGGCUAUGGCUUUGUCAAGGUCGGCGAGUUUGUGUUUGAGGCCACCAAGGCCGGCGGCGUGGCGGGCGGCGGCAGCGGUGCGGCCCAGGUCUUCCGGCUGUCCCCGGAUCUCGAGACACUCGAUGCCACGACCGACCACGUCAUCGUCCGCGCGGUAUCCAACUACGGCGACCAAGACCACACCUGCUUCUACCGCAUACGUAUGUACGGCCAGCACCGGCCAGAUGUUGUGGAGUAG